GCCGGGCUCCUCGCCUUUGCCAACUUUCUUUUUCUUGCUGCCCUCUUCUCCUUCCUUGACUUCCUCAGUCCUUCUGCCCUCCUCGUCCCCGGCCCUCGCAGCCGCGCUUCUCUGCGCUCCUGCUCCCUCCCACCCCAAACUCUCCUCCUGGACUCCCCGAGCCUGUGUUCUGUCCGUCUUCAGUCCCCCCCUUUCCUCCUGCUGCUCCCGUCUCCCCGUCAUGCCUCCUAGCCCUCCUAGCCCAAUUCCCCACCCUGCUUCCACCCUCAUUGCGGGCCUCUUUCCAAAAACCUCCUUUCUCCACCUCCCUCCCUUCGGGGAACAUGUUUGGAACCGUCUCCUUCUCUCCGCGUUUCUCAAGUCUCUGCUGCAGGACGGUUCAGAUUUCCUCUGACAGCACUUUGGGGACGGAUUGGAUAAAGGAUGAAAACGCUUAUUCUACAACUUGAAUGCAGUGGCUGGGCUUACCUACCUCGCUGAGGUCAUGGGAAACCCCGCGACCCCCUUGACACCGCUUUUGGGGAAGCUGCAUUAUCUUCUCCAGCCAUCUCAGGUUCUCUGCCUCGUGAGGGUCUGAACUUCCCUGACUUAUUUGUCCAGGACACCAUGCCACAAGAAGAGUGACCUCUUCUCCCAUUUUCGCAAUGGAGGACUCUGGAAAGACUUUCAGCUCUGAGGAAGAAGCAGCUAACUAUUGGAAAGAUCUGGCUAUGACCUACAAACAAAGGGCAGAGAAUACACAAGAGGAGCUCCGAGAAUUCCAGGAGGGAAGCCGAGAAUAUGAGGCUGAAUUGGAGACACAGCUACAACAAAUUGAAACCAGGAACAGGGACCUCCUGUCAGAAAAUAACCGCCUUCGCAUGGAACUAGAAACCAUCAAGGAGAAGUUUGAAACACAGCAUUCUGAAGGCUACCGGCAGAUCUCCGCCUUAGAGGAUGACCUAGCCCAGACAAAGGCAAUUAAAGAUCAACUGCAGAAAUAUAUCCGAGAGCUGGAGCAAGCAAAUGAUGAUCUGGAAAGAGCAAAACGGGCCACGAUCAUGUCUCUCGAAGACUUUGAGCAGCGCUUGAAUCAAGCCAUUGAAAGAAAUGCCUUCCUGGAGAGCGAGCUUGAUGAGAAGGAGAAUCUCCUAGAAUCUGUUCAGCGACUGAAGGAUGAAGCCAGAGAUUUGCGGCAAGAAUUGGCUGUACAGCAAAAGCAGGAGAAACCCAGGACCCCCAUGCCAAGCUCAGUGGCAGCUGAAAAGACAGACACAGCUGUGCAGGCCACUGGCUCGGUGCCAUCCACUCCCGUGGUUCAUCGGGGACCCAGCUCUAGCUUAACCACACCGGGGACGUUCAGACGUGGUCUGGACGACUCCAUGGGUGGGACCCCUCUCACGCCUGCAGCCCGGAUAUCAGCCCUCAACAUCGUGGGAGACCUGCUGCGGAAAGUAGGGGCACUGGAGUCCAAACUUGCAUCCUGCCGGAACUUCGUGUACGAGCAGUCCCCAAACCGGACAGGUGGCCCCACCUCCGGGUGGGCGAGCAAGAACAGAGAUGGCAGUGACAGACGGCCAAGCAGCACCAGCGUGCCUCUGGGUGAUAAAGGGUCGGGAAAACGCCUGGAGUUUGGGAAGCUGCCUUCAAAUCUGUCCUCACCAUCGCUGCCGUCAGCCCAGGGUGUAGUCAAGCUGUUGCUUUAGGAAAUCCACAGAAGUGAAGCCACUGGUGUCUGUGCGGGAGGUGUUACCUUUCUUCCCCUCUUCACACUAGGUUUUUGUUUUUCUAAGGUAGUUAGAGGAAUAUGGGCAAGCAGGUUACACUAGCUAGUGACUGAGGCCAUCGCCUGUGGCCCCUGGUGGUUAACCCUGUGAAAUGUCGUCUUAUAAUCCCCAGCCUCCUUGUUGGUGUGUUGCAGAUGGACAGGGACAAACUGGACCAUCUGGAAAGGGCUCUGAAGUGCGAGUGCUAAGGCCACUCCAUCAUUUUGAGCUGAUCCAAGUCCUGAUUGGUCUUGAGGUGUUUUUAACACCCAGAGAUGCCUUACAAGGAGGAUCUGAGCCCACCCUAGCCCCAUUCAGCUGGAGCUGUCUUCCAGAACAACGUCCCCCAACACUGCAUGGCACAGCAAGGAUUGGCUCACUGAAGUCACCUCUGGGAGUGGAGAGUAGACUAGGCAUGUGCUUAUUAAAACUGGUGUGGUGUACCUCCCACACUUUUUAAUUUGUCUCGUUGAAGCUUUUAGAGGUGAGCUUGAGUUUCAGAGUAUAUUUUGUGUGGACUGGGUCAGUGGAAAAUCUGUCCUCUUCAGAUAUGUCCCAACCCUUAUUUGUCCUGCAUCUCAUCCCUGGCUUGGGGGUGACCUCUGCUUCAGGACUCUCAAGGUCAUUGGGGUGGAGUGGCUUUGGAAAUACAGCCUUUAAGAAUAGGAUUUCAUUGAAGGCCAUAAUGAAAUAAUCAGGGUGACCUUCAAAUAAGAUUAAACCACCACCAGGAUUAUUAUUGACGCUUCCUUGUCAAAGAAGAAAUGCGCACAGGAUUUUCAACGUGGACGGCAUACAUGCUUAUCUCUGCUGCUUAUGAACUGCUCUCACACUUUUGGUCACAGAUAAAAAGAAGACAUGAAUUCAGGAACAUGUGUGAAGUUCAACAACCUUCCUUUUGUUACUAAGUUAUUUUUCCAAAAGAACAGCAAAAAUAUUCUUGAUUUGAAAAUAGAACUUUUCAAGUGCUACUGAAAUUCAGCAGAGAAUUAAACUUCAGUGCCUGGUUCGUUAACCUAGAAACAUUCUAACUUGUAUUGGUAAAAGAUGUACUUUUAUUUUUUUAAAAGAAUAAAAUCAAGAGAAACUAAUUUUCAA